AUGGAUUGUGCCAAGUGUAAGGUGAAACGACGCGUGUAUAUCACGGAUGAAGAUCCGGCCACAUUGACGAAAUAUAAGACCUGCGAUGCGUGCCGACGCAAAAACAAGGUGUACAAAAAGAACCAGAAGCUUAAAAUGCUCCACAAGUUGAACGCAAUGGACCAACUGCAGCGCGAGUCGGUAAUGGGGGCUACAGUCCAGGUGGAACAAGAUUUGGGCCUUGUUAAGUCUGUGGAAAUGCGACCCUCUUUCACAUCGUUUCUGGAGAAAGUGUCGCAUAACAAGCGGAGGGACGUCAUCUCGAUCAAGUACAACUGCGAGGUUCCAGAGUUCAUUAUCCAAAGAUAUGACUCCAGCAUGAUUAUAAGCAAUCGACCCGACUAUGCCAGUGUUGACAGUGUUGAGCAAAAAGUGACAAACUACAGAGAAGAGGUGAAAAAGAAGCUAAAAUUGCAUUAUCUUAGUCGGCUAUUUGAUAUUUUGGAAAGCCUGGGGUACACGUUCAAGACGAGAUCCACAAACUGGAAAAAUAACAAGUUCUAUGCGCAAAUGUUAUGUCACGAAGACGUCGGAAAUAAACGUAAAGAUUUCUCCCUCCUGGUGGACGACACCGACGUGCCCGAGAACUCUCAAGAGCAAGACGAAAGAGAGCCGCAGGCCAAUGAUAACUCCAAGUACGAUGUCGCACAGCCAAGAAACAUCCUGCUGUAUCCCUGUCAAUCACGCUUGAAUUAUUCCUUCGAUUCCACCAGCGGGCUUCUGUCUCUGGAGUAUAGUCACCUGGAUCACGAUGGACUGCCGCCCACCAAUCCACAGGAUCCAAAAUCGAUUGCUCAUCCGCCGAAUUCGGCAAUCAAUAUCGCUUCGCAAUGGGUCAAACAGCUGCAAUCGAAACCAAACGGGGAGCAGACCGAUAAUGCUUCCCGGAUGAAACUACUAAUGAACCCAGAACAAGACGGCUCUGAGGCUGGUGCGCAAAAAAAUGGAUCCGCUCUUGCCAACGCCUUGAAUUACUUGCAUCGCAAUAUCUCCAGCAAGGAGUAA